AGGCUCUACUCAAGCGGGGAGUACUCGGACCUCGUGAUAUCCUGUAGGGGGAAGGAAUACCAUGUGCACAAGGCCAUUGUGUGCACACAGUCCGAGUUCUUCUCUACCGCUUGCCGCACAAGCUUUAAGGCCAGUGAGAAAGGCAAGAUUGACCUUCCGGAUGAUGAUCCCCAGCUUGUCCACAUCAUGAUAUAUUAUCUGUACCACUUUGACUACGACAUACAGCUGGCGCACGAGCAAAGUCAUUCCGAGGGGUCAGGGCCGGACGUCGACAGACGCGACAUGAAUAAGCCGACCGGGAGCGUUCUUGCCACGCAUGCAAGAGUAUAUUCUCUGGCGGAGAAGUACCUCAUCCGGGGAUUGAAAACCGUUGCGGUUCGACAAUUCAAGUUGGCGGCUACCUCCUUCCCAGAUAUCGACGAUUUUCUUGAGGCAACGCUGGAGGUCUAUAGCUCUACUGUCGAUGAUGACAGAGGUUUGAGAGAUGUCGUCGUUGAAACCCUCUAUACAAACUCAAACUGGUUGGAUAGGGAGAAUGUACGAGAUGUAAUCAAAGAACUGGGAGCUUUGACGUAUGAUCUCGUCAUAUACAUGCGCCGACGGCGCGCCUUCUGA